AUGGCAGACCAUCCCUACAAUACUCCGGAUCUCACAUCUGUGCUCCAAACGCUAUCAAGCCUUGCAUCGCAGAAUAACUCUUCCCAGACACCGGAUAGGUCUAUCUCGCAUGACCCAAGGCGUCAGAAUGCCCGAGCUAGCUCGAAUAAUACACCAGUUCAGACAGCACCUCGGCCACAUCCAAGCUCAUCUUCAAAACCAGCAAGCACAUCUCUUGGCGAUCCAUCAACCAUUACCACCUGGCCUGCAGCACUGCGCUAUGUCAUGAAAAGUGUAGGCCAGAAUGAAGAAACUCAACUUCGGGUUCGUGGCUUAAUCCGAAGUCAACAUAGUCAUGAACGACAAUGGUGGAAUGGCCGCGAGGCUCUUCUCCAAAGACAGCAGGCUCGUGGGGAAAAGAAGAAAGAGCUAGAUGCAGUCUUACAAUCUAUUGGUGCACCCGUCGAUUCCAAAGAGAUAUCCUCUACCCAAGAGGACCAGGCAGAGCUCACUAAUUAUGACGCCAAAAUUUAUAGAGCUUCUGUGAAGAUGGCAGAUGCUUUAGUUGCAGAGCUACGCGGACUAAAAAUCCCCUUUUUCGUUUUUAAAAGGGAAAUGGUUCAGAGUCAAGAGUCAACGACGCAUACUGGGGAGCAGUCGGAAACCGAUCCGUCCAAGCUCUCUCAAAAGGAGCUUGCUAGCUUACAACGACGCAUGCUGGAGCUGCUUGAAGAUCUAUGUAAAGAAUGA